AAUUUACCUCAGAAACAUUUUACCUCAACCCACGACGACCGUUGAGUUUUGACCAAAGGUUCGCUGUAAAAAAUCUCUUCAUAAUGUUAUUCCGCCUAAUUGAAAUUCCCCAAUGACCGCCGCCGCGCUUCCUCCUCGCACUGCAUCCCUCCGCCGCAUCGGUUAGAUCCGGGGAGUUUCUCUUCGCGGAGACUCAAAUCGCAUCAGUGGGCGACUGCAAACACACGCAGCCUCCUCUCAGCCGCUCCUGCCGCUGUCAUCGGGGACAAAAACCACCAGUAAACACUCACCCACACCUGGAUCUAUCUCUCAAAGCCGUAUAUUUUCACCUGAUGUGAGAGAGUGUUUUGCAGGGAGCAGUGAUGGGCGCGUUUGGAGUGAUUCUGAGGAGUUUACAUUGUAUGGGACUCUACAUCCAACUUAGUGCCAGUCUCAGACAAGCUGGAAGCGACGACGUGGAGAACCACAUAUCCAACAACGCGGUGUUCACAGAGGUGCCUCAUGACAUUACGGCACAGAGCGGACAGGAUGUGGAGAUGGCCUGCUCCUUCAGAGGUGCGGGAACGCCCUCCUACUCGCUGGAGAUUCAGUGGUGGUACAUCAGGAACCACAGAGAAUGGACCGACAAGCAGACGUGGAGCACCAAUCAGGUGGUGCCACAGAAUGAGAUGUCAAAGGACGCCACCAAAAUCAGUGUGGUGAAGGUUGCCGGAAGCAACAUCUCCCACAAGCUCCGUCUGUCCAGCGUGAAGCCGUCGGACGAGGGCACGUACGAAUGCCGCGUCAUCGACUUCAGCGACAGCAAGCUGCGCCACCAUCGCGUGCGGGCGUACCUGCAGGUGGAGCGGCCCGAGGGGAACGCGGCUCCUCCGGUCCAUCAGGGUGCGACAUCGCAAGAGGAGGUUCUGCAGUCCGACCACCACAAGCACCAGCCGGCCCACCACGCCCACCACAAACCUGGCCGAGAGCUCAGGAAGAGGUCCACUGAUGAUAGCACCACUGACUGCACUGAGAGCUGUGCACUUUAGGUUCCUCUUAUCUUUAGUUACUACGCGACCCGAACACCCUGUACACCUACACCACCCAAAUACCCCAUAAUUCCUUAAGCCAACACCUAAACCUAGGGAUAGCUCACCUGAAAAUUACAAAUCUGUCAUUUACUCACCCUUGUGUUGUUCCAAACUCAUAUGACUGAUUUUUACUAAAAAAAAAAAAAACAUUUAAGGUUUUUGUGACUUUAUUAUAUAUAUAUAUAUAUAUAUAUAUAUAUAUAUAUUGUUUUAUGUGCAUUUUGUCCUUUGUUAUUAUAAUUUUUUAGCCCCUGGUCACUGUCUUCUUCCAAAGAGCAAAUUAAAUAUUAAAUCAAUCAUUAAAUCAAUUUUGUUUCAUGUAAAAAAAAAAAAAAAAAA